AUGGCUGGCAAACUAAAUGGAUUUAAUUUACUAACGCUUGGUGUGAUUACAGUUCUUGGCAUAUACACCGGUACCCUAUUUUUUGAACCAAUUAUCCUCCAACAGUUAGAAAAAGAUAAUAACCUAAAAAAGGGCAUGCAAAUUCCCAAAUAUGAUUCAGAUGGUAAUCCAAUACGUGAAAUUCCAAAAUCUUUACAGCCGUUAAUGAAUAAUGAGCCAAUUGAAUCUGAUAAGAAAGAAUGA